CCAGCAACAGCUCUCAAAUGCAAUGCCGGUGCGGUAUGGCGACAAUGUCUUAGGCGGCAUGUACGGGGAUCAUUGUGCUUUGAAUGGGACCGCCGCAGUUGCCUCAAUGGGAAGCCCCGUUCAAGCUCUCAGCUUGCAUUCUAUUAAUCAGAGCGAGUUCUUGACACACGCAAGCUCGGAACAACCGAUGUCAUCGAAUUGCUGUCUCCCUAUCGACCCGCUGCGGAAGUGCGAACAAGGUGCGAGUCCCCUUCAGAAUCAAGGCUGCGUAAGCCUCCUGAGGGAUCCGGCCUCUUCCAGCUCGCCCGACCUUGGAGGUGAGAUGGCACGUGAUGGCUCUACCCUUUUGAGCGUCGCUAUCCUCGCCAAGACGUCGACCUUUCCCUCCAUUUAGUUAGGGUACAGAAUUAGAUAAAAACCGAAGCAACGUCCGGCAUCCCUAGUCAAACUAAACUAACAAUUUGGUCGUGUAGACUUGUU